GAUCAGGUUCAUAACCAGCAACUCAAGUCUCUCUCCUUGCCAAGCAUCAAAGUCUUCUCUGUUUCCCAAGUCCUCUGAAUUCUUUUUCUUGUUCUAAUUUUCCACUUGAGAAUAUAAAAACCAUGGGAUUCCGGUUGCCAGGAAUUGUUAACUCCAAGAAGGGUCUAAACAAGGCUGCUACUUCAAAGACCUUAGACAUCCCAAAAGGCUAUUUUGCAGUGUAUGUUGGGGAGAGCCAGAAGAAGCGAUUUGUGGUUCCAAUAUCAUACUUGAAUGAGCCUUUGUUCUUGGAUUUGCUGAGUCAAGCAGAAGAAGAAUUUGGAUAUGAUCAUCCAAUGGGUGGUAUCACAAUUCCCUGCGGUGAUGAAACCUUCAUUCAUCUCACUUCCCGCUUAAGUGCAUGAAUGAACGCAAAUGAAGUGAAUCUGGUUCAUAUCCAAAUCAGCCUCAGUUCUAUCAGAAGAACUCGCCGUGUCAAGAUGAAUUAGAGGCUGUGAUUGAUCAUAUGCACAUUUUUCUGUUGCUUAUGAAUCUGGAAGCCUUCUUUGAUGGUCAAACUGCCGUGAGCUGAUCACGAAGAUGCAAAAUUUGUGAAGCAGUCAAAUGACGAUAUCUUGAACUCUCGAAGACUAUUGAGCCCAAAAUCAUAACUCCAAUUUUGAACUGGAUGACAAGAAGAUUUGUCUUUUAAGCCAUGUACAAUUCUAAAUGUUUGUUCUCCAGGAAACAUGAGAAAAUAUAAUAUAUUUUGAUUCCUCAUACUUUAUUAUCUAA